AGACGCAAGGAGUCGGGUUUCAGCUUUGCGAGGGCCCCUUGAGUCCCCAUGCACUGAAGCUGCCUUUGUUUGACUGGGAACCAGAGAGAGAGAGAGAGAGAGGGAGGGAGAGAGACCGAGCAAGGAAGAGGAGGAGAGUGAGAGGAUUUUAGUUUGGAGUAAGUGAGAGAGAGAGAGGCAGAGUGGGGUCCAUCUCUCUCUCGCUCUAUCACUCUCAUUCAUGACCAGGGCAAGUUUACUGUGUGUCUAAUCUCACCAUCACUGAAGAUGUCUCCACGCAUUCCUCCCUGGUUCUUUGGAUUAUUUCUACUAGUCCUCCGGUUCUGCUGCCGUCACUCCUCUGCCUAUCAGCUGCUGGACGACCGUGGUUCUCAGGGAGCCUUGGACCUGACGGAGUUGAUCGGCGUUCCCCUCCCCCCCUCCGUCUCCUUCGUCACAGGUUUCGAGGGUUACCCGGCCUACAGCUUCGGACCAGAUGCCAACGUGGGCCGCCUCACAAAGUCCUUCAUCCCUGAUCCAUUCUACAAUGACUUUGCUGUCACGGUCAUCGCUAAACCCACCACGCGGCGUGGUGGCAUGCUGUUCGCCAUUACAGAUGCUUAUCAAAAAAUUGUACAUUUAGGUAUAGCGUUGUCAGAGGUGGAGGAUGGUUCCCAGAGAGUUGUACUGUACUACACCGACCCAGGAACAACAGGUGGGACCCAGGAAGCAGCUUCCUUCAAAAUGGGAGACCUGACAGGAAGAUGGGCGAGGUUUACCCUGACUGUACAGGGGGCAGAGGUGCGUCUCUACAUGGACUGUGAGGAAUACCACCGAGUCGCCUUCACCAGGAGUCCUCAGCCUCUGACCUUCGAGGCCAGCUCGGGGAUCUUCGUAGGAAACGCUGGGGGUACAGGCCUGGCGAGGUUUGUGGGCUCCAUCCAGCAGCUGGUGUUGAAGUCAGAUCCCACGGCCCCAGAUGACCAGUGUGAGGAGGACGAUCCUUAUGCCUCUGGAUACGGGAGUGGUGAUGAUGCUUAUGAGGACAUUGCAGAAAGAGAGGAAGUGAAGAAGGUUGUGGAGGAGAGAGAGUAUACCAUGCCCCUCCCAGAGCUGCACCCCACUUACAGCACCCCGGUUCAAGCUCCGCCCACUGAGAUGUCAAUCAGCUAUGAUGGUGAUGAUGAAGACAUAGAGGAGACUUCUGGACAGGAGGACGAGAUGAUCACAGUUAGAGUACAAUCACACCAGAUGACCACUCCUGCCUCCAUACUGGACACUUCCCUCAAGGUGUCUCCGGGGCAGAAAGGGGAGCGAGGGGAGCCAGGUCCAGCCGGUCCCCCAGGGCCCCCUGGCCCUCCAGGACGAACCUCAGGAGAGGGAGAGGGAGGGGAGCCGGGACCACGGGGUCCACAGGGGCCACAGGGAACCACUGGCCCACCUGGAGCACCUGGGAAAGAUGGACAACCUGGAAUUAAAGGUGAAGACGGUUUGCCAGGAGCUACUGGGAUUCCAGGAUUCCCAGGACUUCAGGGCGAGCCUGGUCCUAAGGGAGACAAGGGUGAUCCUGGUGUUGGAUUACCAGGUCCUCCAGGGCCUCCUGGACCUCCUGGUCGACCUAGCAAGUCUUCCAUGUUCCUGGAGGGGUCAGGAUUUGAAGACUUUGACAGUGAUGCAGAAAUUAUCAGGGGGCCUCCAGGGCCUCCUGGCCCCCCAGGGCCCCCAGGAACCCCAUCUGAGGGCAUGUUUCCUGGACCACCUGGGGCCCCUGGAAAAGAUGGAAAGGAUGGAGAGAUGGGUGAACCUGGACUCCCCGGAGUUGAUGGAAAAGAUGGCGAUGCAGGGCCUGCUGGGGAGAAGGGAGAAAAGGGAGAACCUGGUGUUAGUGGGCAACCAGGACCAAAGGGAGCUGAGGGCCCUCCAGGGUUUCCAGGCAUUCCAGGGUCAGAGGGCCCAGAAGGGCAGCCCGGUCCCAGGGGUCCACCUGGCCCCCCAGGACCCCCUGGAAGAAGCUUCACCUUGGACUUUGAGGACUUGGAAGGAUCUGCGAUGCAGAGCGGUUUUGGAGCUACACUCUCCAGAGGCCCACAGGGUCCUCCAGGACUUCCUGGAGUUCCAGGACCCAAGGGUAAAGAUGGUUCAGAUGGGUCUCUGGGAGCGCCAGGGCAAAAGGGGGAUCGAGGUGCUCCUGGAGCACCAGGGCUUCAAGGACAGGAUGGGCUAAAAGGGGCAGAGGGACUGAAGGGGGACAAAGGUGAUCCAGGACAAAAGGGCGAGAUGGGACGGGACGGACUCAGUAUUCCUGGCGCUCCAGGACCACCUGGACCACCAGGACCCAUUAUCAACCUCCAGGAUCUUCUACUUAAUGAUACAGAUGGUACCUUCAACUUCUCAGGGAUUUUUGAAGCUCAGGGACCUGCUGGACCACAGGGUCUGAAGGGUGACAUUGGGUUGCCAGGUAUUCAAGGACCUCCAGGAUUGAAAGGUGAAAAGGGCGAGCCAGGAUAUGUCAUUGCAGCAGAUGGAUCGAUGCUCUCAGGCCUGGCUGGUCCAGUAGGGCCCAGAGGAGACAAGGGAGAAAGUGGUGUACAUGGCGCCCCUGGGAUUCCAGGACCUAUAGGACCGACAGGACCAAAAGGCGAAUUUGGUUUUCCUGGAAGACCUGGUCGUCCAGGCCUGAUGGGACCAAAAGGAGAGAGAGGGGACUCUGUUGGGCUGCCGGGACCUCCUGGGCCUCCUGGACCACCGGGCCGCCCAGGAAUAUUCAACUGCCCCAAAGGAACUGUGUUCCCCAUCCCUCCCAGACCCCACUGCAAAAUGGCUCUCAAUCCCAAUGGAACCAUUGCAGUUGGUAACUGUCAGACGGGUCUAAAAGGAGAGAAGGGGGAGAGAGGCGUUUCUGGGAUACCAGCCCCACAGAAUCCGUUUCUUCCCAGAGGAGGCUGGGGGGAAAGAGGUGACCAGGGUAUCAAAGGGCAGAAGGGAGAUAAGGGGGAGGCCGGUAUGCCAGGGCUACCAGGUGUCCCCGGGAGACAAGGACUGGUGGGACCAAAAGGAGAGUCGGUGCUCGGUCCUCCAGGCCGCCCUGGGGUACCAGGUUCACCAGGUAUCCCAGGCUAUGGGAGACCAGGUCCUGUCGGUCCUCCUGGGCCACCAGGGCCUCCAGGACCCCCUGGGUCACCCUCAAGAUAUGGCUCAGCUGUGACCAUCACUGGCCCCCCUGGACCUCCUGGACCACCUGGACCUCCCGGAUCUUCGGGUAACGCAGCAUCUCUGAAAACAUUUUCGACCCGGGAGAGUAUGAUGCAACAAACUGUCAGGGACGCAGAAGGAACUCUGGCGUAUGUCACAGCAACAGGAAGUCUUUUCCUCAAGGUUUCCCAGGGGUGGAAAGAGAUACAGCUCAGCAGUAUGAUCUACCUCUCCAAUAAUAUCAUACCACAGGAUGAGCCUCGAGUCGCUUAUCAGAUAAGAGGAGACACGAUGGAAAGAAUAAGUUCAGUUAAAGAGAGGCUCAACUUGGUGGCCUUGAACCAGCCCCACUCAGGGGACAUGAUGGGACUUGAUGUGGCUGACAGGAUGUGUUAUGAGCAGGCCAAUGCGAUGGGUUUGGCUCCGAACUACAGAGCCUUCAUUUCAUCCCACAGGCAAGACCUGGUCCAUGUGGUCUACCCUGGUUUCCGUGAAAAUCUGCCAGUUACGAACCUCAGGGGAGACAUUAUGUUCAGGAACUGGCGAGCAAUUUUCAACGGCGAUGGAGGUCCAAUCAAUUCCAGGAUGCCCAUCUACUCCUUUGAUGGCCGGGAUGUGUUAGCUGACCCCUUCUGGCCUCAGAAGAGCAUCUGGCACGGCUCCAGCAGCAGGGGCGUCCGAGUGGUGGACAAACACUGCGAGACGUGGCGAGCGGACCACAUGUCCGUCAUGGGCCAGUCAUCCAGUCUGACCUCAGGUCUGCUCCUGGGCCAGCAGACGCGAAGCUGUUCCAACGAGUACAUCGUCCUUUGCAUCGAGACCCACAAAAACCCUUAAAGCCCCCCCAGCCCCCGCA